CGCUGGUGGAUGUUUACCUUUUCCCGGUGAAAUUUGUUGUGUUUCCGGCGAAGGAGUGUGUCGUGUCUGGGCCGUUAUCGCCGGCGAAGAGAGUUUCUUAUUAAUGACUUUCGGUAACAAGUCAUUAUGGCUAAGGCACGCACAUUACACUGCAAAAACCUUCUCUUUGGAUCACAACCUCACUCUUGCAUUGAAAUCGUGCAAAACCACCUUCGAAAUCCGUCAAAUUCAUGGAUACAUGAUUAAGACCUCUCUCAACAACGUUGAUUUCACUCUCAGCAAACUCCUCGCAGCUUCAAUCAUAGAUAUCCACUAUGCAGUCUCCAUUUUUACUCAUAUUCAAAACCCAAAUCUUUUCAUGUUCAACACAAUGCUCAGAGGCUAUUCUAUCAGCAAUUUCCCCGACAAAGCUUUUCCCCUUUUCAAUCAAUUGAGGAACCGUGGAAUUAUAUUGGAUCAAUUUUCUUUCAUCACGGUGCUCAAAGCUUGUGCUCGAGUUUCAGAGGUUGGGUUUGGGCUAGGGAUUCAUGGGAUUUUAGUGAGAUCUGGGAAUAGGGUUUUUGUUGAUGUGAAGAAUGUCCUUUUGCAUUUUUAUUGUGUUUGCAAGAGAAUUGAAGAUGCCCGUAAGCUUUUUGAUGAAUUUCCUCAAGGAAAUGACUUGGUUUCUUGGAACACUUUGAUGGGUGGGUGUCUUCUUGUUUCACAGCCUUGUUUGGUUUUUGGAUUGUUCUGUAAGAUGUGUUGGAUUGGGCUUGGAGCUAGUUUUACCACUGUUUUGAAUCUUUUGUCAGCAGCUAGCGACAUAGGGAACUUUGUUGUGGGGAAGUCUCUCCAUGGAUACUGUAUUCGAAUUGGAUUUAGUUCUAGGUUGAAUGUUCUUACUGCGUUGAUUGAUCUCUAUGCAAAAACGGGUCAUAUAUGUUUGGCACGUAAAGUUUUUUAUGGCAUUGCUGAAAAGGAUGUUGUCGUGUGGAACUGUUUGAUAGGGAAUUAUGCAAGAAAUGGCCUGGUUGGAGAAGCAAUAGCUUUAAUAAAGGAAAUGAGUCUUCAAGGAAUGAGACCUAAUUCUUCUACCUUGUCAGGGCUGCUUUCAGCAUGCCCUGCAUCUGGAUCUAUACGAGCAAUUCGUCACAUUACUAGUUUUAUUGAAGAGCAGAAACUGGAGCUGGAUGCAGUUCUAGGAACAGCUCUUGUUGAUAUGUAUGCUAAAUGUGGCUUUCUAAGUGAGGCCAUGAAUAUAUUUGAGAGGAUGGACGUUAAAGAUGUGAUAGCUUGGACAGCCAUGAUUUCAGGUCAUGGGGUUCAUGGGCAGCCAACUAAUGCUCUUACGCUUUUCAAUAAGAUGGAAAAGGAGGGGCCUCGACCAAAUGAAGUCACUUUUUUGGCGAUUCUGACUGCUUGUAGUCAUGGAGGACUUGUAAUUGAGGGGAUGGAAAUUUUUAAGUGCAUGGUUCAAGAAUAUGGCUUUUCACCACGAGUUGAGCAUUAUGGAUGUCUUAUUGAUCUCUUAGGGCGAGCAGGAAUGCUACUUGAAGCACAUCAACUAAUCAAGAGCUUGCCAAUUAAGGGUGAUGCUACUGCAUGGCGUACACUGCUUUCUGCUUGCAGAGUCUAUGGAGAUGUUAAAUUAGGGGAAAGUGUGAAAGACGUGCUAAAUAGCAUUUAUACAGAGCAUCCUACGGAUUCGCUCCUCAUUUCUAGCACUUAUGCAGUUGCUGGUAGAACCCCUGAUCUUAGAAGAAUGCAAGAAAUGAAGCUAACAAAUGUUAUACUAAGAAAUUAUGGGGUACAUGAAACAGAGAGAGAAAAUACGGUAAAGGAGGCUGGAUUCAGUAAAGUUGAAAUUGAUACUUAGGAAUGAGAAAACCAAAGGUUCACGAAUAAGUGUAGUCUCUAUUACAGAAAGUGGUGACCUCUAUGGUGCAGGUGCACCAAAAACACCACGGGACAUCUCUGAACACAGACUGUUUCCUCAUGAAACAUAGGAAGAACACAUGGUAAUACAAUUUUGAUUUUUAAUGACAAAUUGGUUCCGUCUGUGCAUGUAUGGAAAAGGUUUGUGACUUCCCAGUGAAUCACACUUAUGAGUUAUCCUCCUAGGGAAACAAAAACUUAACCUAGCCUUCAAUGAAACCCAACGAGGGAAAAACAUAGCCAUCAAAUGUAAAGCAAGCUGAGCGGAGACACCUACACUAUUUGCACGUGGGGGCUCUUACUAAUUUGACCUGAGAUUGUAUAAUUAGUUAGACCAGAGACCUUGAUUACUUCCAAGGCAAUCAAGUCGUGGUACGUAAUUUUCCCAGCUGGGGUUUUGUCAUCUUGAGAAGCUUGUUGUUUAGAGUGUGAAUCCAAAUGAAUAUGCAUUUUCAUCUUCAGCUGCACUCCAUAUAUAUAUGUUUUAAAAUUGAAAUAUCGUUGUUUCUACCCUUCUUUUUCUUUAACUGUUCCGUGUUCUUAUGUUCUGUACAUAUAUGCUUACAAUUCAAAUUAAGAUAGGGUGCAUAAUGUUAGAUAACAUUAAUUUAGAAUGAGAUGACUAAUCGCAUCUAAUAUACCACUAGUUACUAAAUAUAUCUGAACUCAAACCAAGGUUCUUUCUGUCGUUAUCUGCAUGCUGAUGAUGCUCUAAUAUUUGAAUAUCACUUUGGCUGCAACUUCUCACCCAAGAGAAUAUUAAUUAUUUUGAAAAUGCUUUGAGUGUCUGUACAUGAAGGAGGAAGGGAAAGGGCCAAAUACUCGGAUGGAAUGAAAAGGAGCCAUAUCAUUCAUCCAUAUUGAGGGAUCCUGAAGAAAGGUAUCCAGAUUUGACUAUGUGUCUCUUCUUGCACGGGGACAGAUUAUACAAUCAGAACUUCCAACUGAUUCAGAGAUUUGAUUGGUUUAGAGCAAAUUUCUCAUCUUUACCACUCUGAUCAAGUAGUUCUCUACCUGCUUGACCUCUUGUUGUAGCAGAGUUGACUCAACAUUACAAAGCCACAUAUUCCAAAUUCUUUAUUAUUGAUCGUUGUUAAUUAUUCAUUUUCAGCGUAGUUUUAAUUGAGAAGAGACUUUUCAGCAGCUUAGAUUUUUGGUUGAGCUAACUUCUGUCACUUUGAACUAGACGAGAACAUUGAGAGUAUAUGGGAAAGA